AUGACGUGGUACUCUCUCCUUCCGCCGGGACUUACGGCGUUCGAAGCAUGGCUGGUUCGAGUCUUUCUCAUCCUAGGAACAAUCAUCAUCGCCCCCUGGGCAUUCAUGAUCCUCUACGAUCUUCUACUUUACAUCUGGCGCGCGUCCACCUAUGAGAUUCCCAUCAUUGGAGGCCGGGCGAGGGGCCGACAACGGCCCCAAGCUCCUAGCUUAAGCGAGAGACCUGACGGGAGGAGGAGGACGUUUAGUUUGACGACAUCGCUGUAUGAUGGUGAUGAUGAUGGGGGAGUUGAGGAUAAUAGUUCUUCUUCGAAUGAUAAUAGUGAUGGGAGUGAAGGUGAAUCCGAUGCGUUUGCGGACGGUAGAAAAUAUGGGAUGGACAGGGAUGCGGAUGGGGUUAGCUAUAGGAAGGUGUAUGCGGAACCUGAUGUUAUCGGGGGCGAUGUGGGAGGGUAA